CCAAAGACAAACAAGAUGCCCCCGUGAGCCGUCUGACGAAUUCCAGGGUAUCCCUUCCCUCAGCAACAAAUGGGAACAGCCCUGAGCUCAUGAUCUGGAAAUAGCAUGUAGGGAGAAAAGGGGCGUACGGACUGGAAGUAUAUUAAGGCCAGAAGAGCCCACAUGAGCCAGAACAAGAAGCUGGAAAGAAGCGCAACCGGACGUCUGCUUGAACACAAAGAUCAGCCACAUGUCGCGACACGCAGCCCUGAGCAGCCUCUUUGGCGAUGACCCCUUCUUCAACCAGGGGGGUCUCCUAUGGCCUCUUUCCUCGCUACGCCAGGACCUCUUCAACCGCAAAGCCGAGCUGGCCGACAGUUUCUUCAAGGACAGAUCGCGACUCUUGGAUUCGGCACUCGUGCCCUCCGCUUUCCUCAGAAUGAGCGAGCGAGAGGAUCCUGAAGAAGAGGAGCCAAGGCAACAGUCCUCGCCGCACGAUGACCUCCUGGUGACAUUGGACGCCCGCGGCUACGCUCCUGGCGACAUCAGCGUCAAGCUGGAAGGACGCAACCUGCUGGUGAUGGCCUGCAAGCAGGCGGGCGCUCAGGAAGCCCACUCCUGCUCCUCUCCCUCCUCCCGAGCCUCCUUCGCCUCCUCGGCCGCCUCGCGGGUGGGCUUCAAGCAGAACAUCCACCUUUCGCCUCAUCUGGAUCUGUCGGGACUCUCCUGCUCCCUCAUGGAGGACGGUCAGCUGCGGAUCCACGCCCCGGUUGCCAAGAAGCAGAUCACGGAGGGGCCUGAUGCGCCCAUUGCAGAGGAGCGCAAGGAAGCGGCGGUGGAGGAGCGCAAAGAAGCAAUCGUAGAGGAGCAAGAAGAUGCGCCUCCUCUCUUCAGGACUUCUCUCGAAUUCCCCGUCACACAGGAGAAGACCGAGGCCCAGCACACACACUAGAAAACACACGCACCUAUACAAAAAAAAAAGCACACUUAAGUCAACUAGAGACAUAAAACUUCACUUAAACUUUGUUUUCAUUGCACUACACUUUGUUCUGCAUGUAUUUUAUUACUUUCUUAUAUUAAACCACUAAAUGAACUUAAAACUUGGAGACAUUGGCAAGUCCUUUUUCUGUUGUGAUGUACGGUACAAUGAUGUCCACCAGAUGGUACCAGAGUAUAUCUUUUUUGUUUGUUUGUUUAAUUACAGUAAUUCUCAUGGUUUCACUCUGUGAAGUGAUGAUUAACCCUUAGUAGGGUCAGUGACUAUCUUUGGUAAUUUAUUUAUUUUUUCUAAACUUGACCUUGAAAAUACCUGAGGUCGACA